CACAUCUGGCAACACUACGUAAACAGCUGUUCGCACAUUCGCACUCACGAUUGCUGCCACAGCAACAGCAGAGCGAAAAACGUAAACAAAUCGGUUUUUGAAUUUAUAAUUGCACCCGAGGACCAAAAUGAGUGGCAAGGACGAUCGAUCGAAGGACAAUCGCCGCAAUAUGAAGCAGCAUAAAUACUACCACAAGCAGCAACAACAGCAACAGCGUGGUGGCAACAACACCUCAUCGAGUUCGCCUCAAACGAACGCUGUGCGCAGCCUGGUGGAUGUGGCCGACUCCAGUGAUGAGCCACGGUUUGCCCGCAAGAACUGGUCGAGUGGCACUCGCUCUUUAGCCCCGCAACAGAGUCGCGAGAUGCCGCCACCCGAUGGCGAAGAUGACGACGAUAUGGAGCAAGCUGGCGGUGCUCCACUGGAUGAGAAUGCACGCGCUCAGCUGCGUGCUGGCGACUACAAGCAGAUGGCCCAGUUUCCCAGCAUGGGUGGCGGUCAUUUUAGCUUCGGUGCCGAAAAGGAAUGGAACAACAUUGCCGAGGGACAAACACAGCUGCACACAAAGGCCGCAAGCAGCUAUUUCACACUGAAUCUGGGACUACUCAAUGCGGGACUGCUGACUAUACCGUUCUACAAGCGCAUGGACUACUCAAGCAGCAUGUUUACACGCCAGCAAAUUGUCACCCAAACCGAGGCAGCCGAGCGCGCUGAGCGCACGUAUCAGGAUCGCGUGCUGCGCGAGCUAAAUGGCAAUGACAAUCAACGCACUGCGAGCGCCAAGUCGCGGGUUCCUUCCGCCGCCAAGUCGGUGGUCAAAGAGCCAACGCCAGUGGCUGUGGAGCCGCCAGAUGAACUGGAUGAGUUGCUGGCCAUGACAAACACUCAACUGGCGGUGACAACGCCAACAACAGUUCCUGCCACGCCGUUGCCCCAAGCAACGAAUCCGACUGCGGCUGCAAGUGCCAGCAAAAACGAUGUGGAGCAGUGGCUGGACAGCGUGCUGGACGAGUAAAUCUUGCGAGACAACUUCCAAACUAUUCCCACACAUCUUAAGUAGUUGCUUAACCACAAGCUAGAAAGUGCCUUGCUUUAUGGUAUCUUUGAAUUUGAAUAUUAUCGAGAGCGUAAAAAGUUAAACGUGACGUUUACCAACACUGCUGCAGUGCAGAUUGAACUGUUAGUAAAGAAAUUCUUUUUCUUAGUGAUCUAUUCUUUUUUUUGGUAAUCCAAGUUAAAAGUGAUUGGAAGCUUAAAAUCUUUAAAUCUACAAACAAAUUAAUAAGGAAUGCAAAUUUCAACUAAAUCCAACUUAAACGAGACGUUAACCAACACUGCUGCAGUGCAGAUUGAACCGUUAGUAAAGAAAUUCUUUUUAGUGAUCUUCUGCAGUGCUCAUAACUUAUUCGGCUCAAACUGUGUAUUGAACCGUUAGUAAGAGAUGUAUUUUUUUAGUGAUCUAUUAAUUUUUUUUUGUUAAGUGAUUUGAAAUUUAAAAGUCUUCAAAUUUACAACAAAUUAAUAAGAAAUACAAUUUGAAACUAUAUUUUAAAAAUUUAGAAAGAAUUUAAUAAGAAAUACAAAUUUAAACUUAAUCCAAAACAUUCAGUUGAAUUUCAAAUAUCACAAUACAUAUAAGGUAGAGUAAUUUGCCUCAAUGGAUUCCAGAUUGUGAUGGUUAUAAGAUUAUUUGAAUUCUAAACACUGCUGCACAUAAAUGUUCGCUCAUAACAAUCAUAAAACCAAUCUAUUAUAAAAAUUGCUUGCAAAAAUAAAAUAAUAUUCAAAAUUAUACAAAUCAAGUGGAAUACUUAAAACACCAUUCGUUUUUAUUAUUGUAUUUCACUUUUAAAUUUUCGCGUGUUUCAUUUUUAAAGUGAGAGAUAGCAAAUAUACUGAUAUAUGGCUUCAUCAAGUAUCAAAUCACAUAAUCAUUUUUUUCAAUGCUUCAUGG